AACUUCCUUUUCAAAUUUAGAAAAACGAAGGCUCCUUUUUUCCGGAAUGAUAAAGGGUCUAUGCGGAUUGAAUUUCUCUCACUCAAGCUGUGGAGCACAUUUUCACUGUCUUUACCAAGAUAACACGGCAAAAGGGAAAAUUCUAGACUAAAUUUCUAAUGAAAAUGGCUUUACCUUUACCAUGAUGACCUACAAAACAGUCCUGUUUCACGCUCACUGCAAUAGCUUGCAAAAGGUAUUCAAUUUGUAGCAUCUUCAGUAACAAAACUACUUUUUAAAAAUACACCCCGUCGAAGCGCCUUCUUCGAAAACGUUGAGUAAUUUUAAUUUGUGUCUAGUAGUUUGGCACCAAACAUCAAAAAUUAACAAUGCGAAAGGAACCUAUAUUAUAUUUGCUUUCUUUCUCUCUUUUUGGGUAAAUUUGCAAUCAUAUUUACUUUAAAGAACAGGUGCCUUAACUGCUGGUGGUAUUCACAAUCUUUUUCAUACGCACCGCUCUCAUAAAAUUCCCUCUUUACAAUUUCCACUUUUCCGAUUUUAAUUUUGCCUAUUCUUGCACAACUUAUUUGCAACUCACAGUCUACAUUAAAUUUCCUGCCUGGUGUAUGAGCAAACUAAUAAGCAUGAAAGAAGGAGCAAAUUUAUAAUUAUACCCGAAUAAUCAAGAGAAGACAGUAAUCGAUAUAUGUGCUUUUGAAGUUCCGCUUUCAACUGAGUAAACAUGGGGGACGUGACAGUUUUAGCCAACAUUGAAGGAGUCCAUGCAUUUGUCUUCGCACCAGAAAGUUUACCAGGCGAUUUCGCAAAUCAAGCAUAAGGAUUUGGUCACAUCAGUAAUUUUUGGCUUGGAACUUAACAAAUCCAACAAAGACAAAGGAACGAAAAACAAGACAUUUCCACAAUGAGUGAUCAACAAAACCAAAAUUCAUCGCUAAAUGGAGAUUCACAGGGGCGAAAUAGCGUGGAAAUUGUGCUGGAGUCCUUUACAGCUAUAAUCAUCUUCCUGGCCUCAAUUUUAACCAACUGCAUCGUUCUAUAUGUCAUAAGGACCAACCCUACCCUCAAAACUUUCACAAAUAAGAUAAUUGCAAACUUGUGUCUCGUUGAUAUGGCCGAAACAUUACUCAUUAUGCCAUUAUGGGUCACAAGUUUGAUCAAAGGACAAUGGAUCUUUGGCAAUAUCAUUUGUAACGUGUCAGGGUUUCUGUUCUUCGCAAUGGCAAAUGCAACUCUCUAUUCGUUGCUUCUCAUUGCGCUCAGCAGGUAUUUCAAAGUCGUGAAACCCCAAUUGUAUAAUGGCAUUUUCUUCGCAAAGAAGAGCAGACCAAAAAUCCUUCUUGCUCUGUGUUGGAUUGCGCCUCUCAUCAUCUGCAGUCCACCGUUGUAUGGAUGGGGAAAGUAUAAGUUCUACCCACAGUCUUUUCUCUGUACGUUUGAAUGGUCAUUUGAUGGACUACACGUUUCCUACUUGGUCUUCCUUGCGAUAACACAACCAUCUCCUUACAUAAUUUGCUGGUGUUAUUUCAAAAUUUACAACACUGUUCGACGAAACAGAAUCCAGAUUUGCACCAGAGCAAACCGUGCCGCUUGCAAAAACGCUCAUAACGCCGAGAACAUGUGCAUUCAUACUACACUGGGCAUAGCUUGCGUGGUCGUGCUUUGCUGGCUCCCAAAGGCAAUACUUGUUCUUUUGUUGGGAGGCGGAAAAAAAGGAUUAUCUUUGCCUUUAAUGAUAUCCAGUUAUCUUGUGUUCUUAGCAUGUUGCUUGAAUCCCAUCGUAUAUGGAAUGAUGAACCCUCAGUUCAAGCCAGCCUUCAAGGCAUUAUUUAUAAAAAGAGGGAUGAGGAAUCCUGACCUUGCUGCUUUUUCCACGUACUCGAUUCCAACGAUACAUUCAAAGUAGCCUUACCGUGGUCUGUGCAUUACAAAGAUUUUACCUAACUUUUCAAACAUCCCAAAAUAUCGGGUGGCAGCUGGACAAUGUCUUUACCAUUUGCACCUGUAUUACGUCAUCUAUCUUCCACUUUGGAUGUAAGAAUAUGAAUAUGAUCGACUUUUUAUAUUCAAGGAAAGAACAAUAAAGUGUAAAUUUGAAUCUUAUAAUGAGUUUUGAAGUCUUCUCUACUCGGUAGAUAUACUAAUCGUUCUCGCUAAGGUUGGUUCAGAAGCUUCAAAAUGAUUUAUGCCACACUUGCUGUUUCCUUCUGCGUUUGCCGUUUCUCUUCUUCCUUUUCAUUCCCUUAAUUCAUCCGAUAAGUACUUUUGUUGUAUAAACGAAAAAAAUCUCAAAGCCCUCUCGAA